ACAGCCUCUGCUUCAGUCUUCUCUCUCUGUCUACCUCUCUAACUCUCUCUGUCUACCUCUCUCAUGCUCAGUACUCCGCCACAGACAAGAGGGAAAGAGCAAAGAGAGUUGCAGGGAGAAGGGACACGCAGUGAGCUCAAGCCAAGCCCCCAUCAAUGGCAACAAAGACCCGCGAUGCCGAGAUGCACAACAAUGGAGACUACACCUCUGCCGGCGCCGAUGAGGACCGGUGCUCGGUGGAGGAAGUGGCGCUUGUGGUGCCAGAGACCGACGACCCCUCCAUGCCGGUGAUGACCUUCCGGGCAUGGAUCCUAGGCAUAACCUCCUGCGUCCUCCUCAUCUUCCUCAACACUUUCUUCACGUACCGCACCCAGCCGCUCGUCAUCUCAGCCAUUCUCAUGCAGAUCACCGUCCUGCCCAUCGGCAAGUUCAUGGCCCGGGUACUUCCGAAGGAGGAGUACACCGCGUUCGGGUACAGGUUUAGCCUCAACCCGGGGCCAUUCAACAUGAAGGAGCAUGUCAUCAUCACCAUCUUUGCAAAUUGCGGGGUCUCCAUUGGAGGAGGAGAUGCUUACUCCAUUGGAGCAAUCACUGUGAUGAAGGCUUACUACAAGCAGAACCUCAGCUUCCUCUGCGCCUUCCUCAUCGUCCUUACUACCCAGAUAUUGGGGUAUGGAUGGGCUGGAAUGCUGAGAAAAUAUUUGGUGGACCCAGUUGAGAUGUGGUGGCCUUCCAAUGUCGCUCAGGUUUCCCUCUUCAGGGCAUUACACGAAAAGGAGCACAAAUCAAAAGGGCUGACCCGAAUGCAAUUCUUUCUCAUCGCGAUGGGGGCGAGCUUCGCUUAUUACGCGCUUCCGGGCUAUCUUUUCACAAUUCUGACCUUCUUCUCUUGGGUCUGCUGGGCGUGGCCCAAUAGCAUCACGGCCCAGCAAGUCGGGUCAGCUUACCACGGGCUUGGUGUUGGGGCCUUCACCCUUGACUGGGCCGGGAUCUCCGCAUAUCACGGGAGCCCGCUUGUGACACCGUGGUCCUCCAUCGUCAAUGUCGGCGUCGGCUUCAUCAUGUUCAUCUACAUAAUUGUGCCUCUGUGCUACUGGAAGUAUAACACUUUCGAUGCACGCAAGUUCCCGAUCUUUUCGAACCAGUUGUUCAAAUCGGAUGGGCAGAAAUACGAUACCACCAAGAUCUUGACCCCACAGUUCGAUCUUAAUGUCGCUGCUUAUGAUAGUUACGGGAAGCUGUAUCUCAGUCCUCUGUUUGCCCUAUCGAUUGGGUCGGGAUUCGCCCGGUUUACCGCCACUCUCACCCAUGUGGCACUUUUCCAUGGCUGGGAUAUUAUACAGCAGAGCCGGCAGGCAAUGACCAACGCGAAGUUGGACAUCCAUGCGAAGCUCAUGAGAAGCUACAAACAAGUGCCCCAGUGGUGGUUCCUCUUACUAUUAGCCGGAAGCGUUGCAGUCUCCCUGCUGAUGUCCUUCAUAUGGAAAGAUGACGUCCAAUUGCCCUGGUGGGGAAUGCUCUUCGCCUUUGGCUUGGCUUGGAUCGUCACUCUCCCCAUCGGUGUCAUUCAAGCAACUACCAAUCAGCAACCUGGGUACGAUAUUAUUGCACAGUUCAUUAUCGGUUAUAUUCUACCAGGAAAGCCAAUCGCAAACUUGCUUUUCAAAAUAUAUGGACGGAUCAGCACUGUCCAUGCCUUGUCUUUCCUGUCUGACCUUAAACUUGGGCACUACAUGAAGAUCCCACCUCGUUGUAUGUACGUGGCGCAGCUUGUGGGAACCAUAGUUUCUGCAAUAGUCAAUCUUGGGGUGGCAUGGUGGAUGCUGGAGAGCAUCGAGAACAUAUGUGAUGUCGAAGCUCUGCAUCCCGACAGCCCAUGGACAUGCCCCAAGUACCGGGUCACAUUCGAUGCCUCAGUCAUAUGGGGCUUAAUAGGGCCUAGACGACUCUUUGGACCCAGAGGGCUGUACAGGAACCUAGUCUGGCUGUUCCUCAUCGGUGCAGUCCUUCCCGUUCCCAUCUGGGCCUUGAGCAAAAUCUUUCCGGACAAGAAAUGGAUUCCCCUGAUAAACAUUCCUGUCAUUUCGUACGGGUUUGCAGGGAUGCCCCCGGCGACCCCGACCAACAUCGCAAGCUGGCUAACCACUGGGGCGAUCUUCAACUACUUUGUGUUCAAGUACCACAAGCGCUGGUGGCAGAAGUACAACUACGUCCUUUCAGCGGCCUUGGAUGCAGGGACCGCCUUCAUGGGCGUGCUUUUGUUCUUCGCUUUGCAAAAUGAGGGCAAGAAUCUGAAGUGGUGGGGCACAGAGCUCGAUCACUGUCCUCUGGCCACGUGUCCCACCCAACCGGGGAUCAUCGUGGAAGGAUGUCCGGUCUUCAAGUAGCUCGUGUCACCGGUAUUCAUAGAAUUACGGGGUACCGGAGAAUUUAUAAGGAAGGAGAGGUGAGGAGAAUUUCAUAGCUAAUUAUAGCUUGGUGACUGAAAGUUAAAUAACCCAUAUAGCUUUGUACAUUAAUUGCUUGGAACAAGAACUUCCGUUUGAGUGAGAUGGCCUCCCUCUGUUCACCUUUUACUUUAAA